AUGGUCAGCUCCUGUUGUGGCUCUGUCUGCUCUGAGCAGAGCUGUGGCCAAGAGACCUGCUGCCGCCCCAGCUGCUGCAGGCCCCAGUGCUGCCAGUCCCUGUGCUGCCAGCCCACCUGCUGCCGCCCCAGCUGCUGUGUGUCCAGCUGUUGUAGGCCCCAGUGCUGCCAGCCCACCUGCUGCCGCCCCACCUGCUGUGUGUCCACCUGCUGUCGCCCUAGCUGCUGUGUGUCCAGCUGCUGCCGCCCCAGCUGCUGUGUGUCCAGCUGUUGUAGGCCCCAGUGCUGCCAGUCCCUGUGCUGCCAGCCCACCUGCUGCCGCCCCACCUGCUGUGUGUCCACCUGCUGUCGCCCUAGCUGCUGUCUCUCCAGCUGCUGCCGCCCCACCUGCUGUGUGUCCAGCUGUUGCAGGCCCCAGUGCUGCCAGUCUGUGUGCUGCCAGCCCACCUGCUGCCGCCCCAGCUGCUACCAGACCACCUGUUGCAGAACCCAGUACUUCCGACCCAGCUGCUGUGUGUCCAGCUGCUGCCGCCCCAGCUGUUGCCAGACCACCUGCUGCCGCCCAGUCUACUCUAGUGGUUCUUGCUGCUGA